AUGCGCCUGCAGGUCUGCGCUGCCGGUGGCUGCGAGGCGCGGACCCGGCGCAGACUGAGUAGGGGACGCGGGGACAGAGACAUGGCCGGACAGAUGCAGCAGCCGAGCGGGGGCGGGGACGGGGGCCCCAGUCCGAGCCCAAGCCCGCCCGCGGACAGUUUGGCCGGAGCUCCAGGCCGGGUAGAAGAGAGGGUGGCACUGAAGAAGGAGAUUGGGCUAGUGAGCGCCUGUGCCAUCAUCAUUGGUAACAUCAUUGGCUCUGGGAUAUUCAUCUCCCCCAAAGGUGUGCUGGAGCAUACAGGUUCAGUAGGCCUCGCCCUUGUGGUCUGGGUACUAGGUGGAGGAAUUGCAGCCCUCGGCUCCCUCUGUUAUGCUGAGCUCGGAGUGGCCAUUCCUAAAUCUGGAGGUGACUACUCCUAUGUGACCGAAAUCUUCGGAGGCCUUGCAGGCUUCCUGCUGCUUUGGAGUGCAGUGCUCAUCAUGUACCCCACCAGCCUGGCCGUCAUCUCAUUGACCUUCUCCAACUAUGUCCUCCAGUCUGUGUUUCCCAACUGCAUGCCGCCCUACACAGCGUCCAGAGUUCUCUCCAUGGCCUGCCUAUUGCUCCUCACGUUUGUGAAUGGCUCCAGCGUCCGGUGGGCCACACGGAUCCAAGACAUCUUCACAGGAGGGAAGUUGCUGGCACUUGCCCUCAUCAUCACCGUUGGCUUCAUCCAGAUCUUCUGGGGCAACUAUGAGGAGCUGAGGCCCACCAACGCAUUUAGCUUCUGGAUGACACCUACCGUGGGGCACCUGGCACUUGCUUUCCUGCAGGCAUCCUUUGCAUUCAGUGGCUGGAAUUUCCUCAACUAUGUUACAGAAGAACUGGUUGAUCCCCGCAAGAACCUACCUCGAGCCAUCUUCAUCUCCAUCCCCCUGGUGACAUUCGUGUACACGUUCACCAAUGUGGCAUACUUCACAGCUAUGUCCCCACAGGAGCUCUUGUCUUCCAAUGCUGUUGCUGUGACGUUUGGAGAGAAGCUACUGGGCUACUUCUCUUGGAUCAUGCCUGUCUCCGUCGCACUCUCCACCUUUGGAGGGAUCAAUGGAUAUCUUUUCACCUCCUCCAGAUUAUGCUUUUCUGGAGCCCGUGAAGGCCACCUUCCCAGCCUGCUGGCCAUGAUCCAUGUCCAACACCGCACCCCCAUCCCUGCGCUUCUCGUGUGUUUUGGGGCCACAGCAGUGAUCAUGCUUGUGGGAGACACAUAUACAUUAAUUAAUUAUGUGUCCUUCAUCAACUACCUCUGUUAUGGAGUGACCAUCAUUGGCUUGAUUGUGCUUCGAUGGAAGAGACCCAAGCUCUUCAGACCCAUCAAGGUAAAUCUUCUCAUCCCAAUCACAUACUUGACCUUUUGGGCAUUUCUGCUGAUCUUCAGUUUUUACUCAGAGCCUGUAGUCUGUGGCAUUGGCCUCAUCAUCAUUCUCACAGGCGUCCCUGUGUUCUUCCUGGGUGUGUCCUGGAGAAACAAACCAAAGUGUGUGCACAGGCUCAUUGAGUCCUUUACAUGGUGGGGCCAGAAGUUGUGCUUCGUGGUAUACCCUCAGAGUGAUGCUCCUGAAGAGGAAAAUGGUCCCUGCCCUCACCCCACCCCCUCGGGAAGUGAAAAGGCUUUGAAGACACAAUGAGAUGCUUAUCAAGACUCAAGUAGAUUUUUUUUUGUUUACGUGUUAUGUUUUUGUUUUUGAAAAAGUUUUCUUAAGGAAAAAAAGAUAUGUUUCUUAGACACUUUUAAUAGCAAAGCCCCACAAACAACAGCCCUCACCCCAGAUCAGUCCACCUUAGCUAUACAGACAGCAAGAAGUCUAUAAAUAAAACAAGGAUCCGAUUGGUUAAUUCUGACACGGUUCAGUCCGUCAGUGAGGUUGAUUUGGAAGCACAAUGUAUAGGUGGGCUAGCUCAAGUCCUGAUGGGCCAGUCAAACUGGGAAUGUAGGCCCAUCCUCACAUCUCUGCCUGAGAGCUUCACAUAUCAGAGAGGACAAAAAAAGGAAUAGAACUGACAUGAUCACAUGUGCUGGAUUUGUAAUUCCAUAUAAUGUAGUCAUUGCUCAUGGCUCAUGGUCCAUGCCCUGGAUGGCAAUAGCUGAGGGCAUAUGGUCAAUAAGCAAGUUUGAGGGAGGCUACCUUUAUGCAAAGAAAUUAGUAUUUCAGUAGCUUAAUCUUGAGAAUGAAGGAAUCAACAGUCAUUCAUACCUGAGAGGAUCCUGUAGUCUGAAUAUGGGGACCCCAUUCCUUUCUCAUACACCUUUUCAAGAAAAAUGGAAUGUCCUUGUCCUUCACUCACUUCUGACCUUUGGUCACACUUGCUUGGUACAAGAAACAAUUCAUGCCAGGAAGAGCAAAGAAGAUCGAGACAACAAGGAUCUUAACAGAAAGGACUGGAGGCAGGAUUGAGAUGAUUCUCCAGCAUUUGUCAUCUGCCAUGGGUGGGGCUGGGAUUAACAAAGCAGCCUUCUCUAAGAGACAGAAAUAGUAAUGGCAUCAACUUGAAAAGGGGGGGGGUGCUGUCCCAUCUUUCUGCCAUUGGCAAUGGUUCCUCUAUAAAGGUGUGACCAAGAAAGACAGCUGGAACUGAAUUUUGUGCACUGAAAAGUAGCGACCAGGACCAGAUGAAAGUAUUAGGCCCAAGUGCUGGGCCAAGUGGAAUCAAGGCUUGGGAUCAGUGCCAUAGCUGUUCAUCUGGAUGACAGCUGAUCCAAGGGGCCUUCUGUGCUCUGGGGCUGUUAGCCUUGGCAGCAGGGAUCCAGAACUACUAUAGCAUACAUCAGAAUUUUGGGGCGCCUUCUUAUCACUCUGAUGAAAGUCAUUUCUGCCACACAAGAUCUAGUCACAGGGGUUUCCCUUCCCCUUGUCAUGGCUCUAUCAGCAGGAGGGCAGUUUCAGUCCUGAGGCCUCAGGAGCUACAGCAGUCAACGUUGAUGGGUCUCCCUUGAACUUGGCUUUAUCCCAUUGUGUGAGCACUCUAAAGGAGGGAAAAGAUGGUGAGGUCUGGGGCUUCUGGGACCCAGCCAGCCUUGAGGAGGGGCACAGUAUUGGCAAGAACCAUGGAGCUUUUCUGAAUCUCUGUCCCCACUCCCAGACUUUCCUUCCCAAUAAUACUUGAUGAUCUAUCUCCUGAGCCUUCACUGACCAUGUGUACACAGGUUGGGUGUGCUGGAGAACAGAUAGUCAAGCUUGCUCAGCAGUUGCCUUAUCAACUUAAGGGGACUUGCCUAUGGCAAAUGAAAACUUCAGACUAUGAAAUUCUGACAGGAGGGAAGAAAGUAGAAAGAAAUGGGAAUAACUAUACAACAGCAAACUACCUUCAGCAAGAACAUGAAGAUUGUUUAUGUAAUCACAGGUGCAAUGUUGUCUGAGGCCCGGUGACUACACAGACAAGAAAGCUCAGAAAACCAUCUCCAUAGCUAUGACAGAGACAAAAAUAUAGAAGCAAAGAAUGGUCUGGCCAUAUGAAACAAAGACACCUCCUCCUGAACUCCCUAUUCCCAUCUCAGCCCCACAGAUCAUUUCACUGGCUGUGUUCAACAGCACCUGAUACCAGAGAAGUUACUAGGAAUUUCUGUACCACAAAACGUGUCCAGGGGAAGUAGAGAAAGAAAAGAAGACAUCACCUCAGUGUGGUCCCUCUACAUUUGGUGCCCUGAAUCAAAGCCUUGGUCAUUCCAGUCUAGUUAGAGAAGCCCAAUGUGAGACUAAUCUCAGCCUUAAGUCAGUCUUGCUUCUCUGUCUGCAAAUUUAAAGACUAUGGUAGAGCACCCUGAUAUUUAACCUUUCCUCCUCAAGCUGCCCCUACCACUUCUCAAAGGAAUUGGUCUUACUCCAUCUUCUGAAGGGAUACAGGCCCAAGCUCAUACCUUAUACAGGUAUCCUCACUCAGGCCAUCCCAGCCAUAGUUUCUUUGGGGCAUACUCCAAACCAGGGUCAGACUGUCCUGGAACUGGGCCCUGUGUCCCUCGCUUGGUAAAACUUUCUUCUCUGGACACCUCAAAUGUUGAAUGGGGUUUUCAGAAAGAGCUGGCAGGGACACCCAGCAUUCAUUAUCAUGCCCACACUGGGAAAGGCCACUCAGGCACCUGAGCACCUGAUCCAGCACUGAGCUCUCCCAGGAACCCCUGACU